GGUAUGUCUAGUGCCAGUGCCCGUUCACUAAAAAUCUUCGUCGGCAAUAUCGCUUGGACCGUGGGGCACCGGGAGUUGCGUAAUUAUUUCAGCCAGUUCGGCAAGGUGUCGUGGGCCCAGGUGGUAUUCGAUCGGAAGUCAGGGUUAUCGAAAGGGUACGGUUUCGUGGCAUUUCAGAAAAAGACCGCACUGGACAACUUAGAACGGAACCAGAAGCACGUGUUGGACAACACGCCCAUCUUUUUCCAGCAGACGGAUUAG